CAUCUUAUCUAACGCUCUUAUAGGUUAAGGUUAAUAUCAUAAAAUUAUAUUUGCGCGCGCGAUUCUUGCGUUAUAAAUAUUUUCUAUGUCACUUUAUUACAGUGAAUUGUGCGACAUUGCAAAGUAUGCUAGAAUAUAAAUGACGAGUGAGAAAGAAUUCUCUGCGUUUAAAGUAGUCAAAUCUCGCAAAUUUAUAUUAUUUGAUAAGCACGAAAUUAUACAUACAUUUAUUACGUAUCGGCAUUUUUGACAUAACCUGUACAAUUGUUUUCUUCCCUUGUUUCUCUACGUUUGUACGUUUUUGUCAUUCGACUCAUCAAAGAUGAGUUCUCAUGGAAAAGCAGAGACCGACAGGCUCAGAAAGAAUUUGGAAGAACAAUUGGAUCGGCUUGUACAACAAUUGGAAGAUUUGGAAGACUGCAGAGUUACUCUCGACGAAACAGACUAUCAGGAAGCUAAGGAAGAUACAAUGGAACAGCUCCGCGAGUUUAACGAGAGUCUACAAAGAAUGAUAUCUGGAGAUAUGACAUUAGUUAAUGAACUUGGAGCAAUGCAAUUAGCAACUCAAGCAGCUAUCAGUGCAGCCUUUCAAACACCAGCUGUAAUAAGAAUGUUUGGUAAGCGUGAGCCUACUGGACUUAAGGAACGUCUAUCCCAAAUCGAUCGUGACGUAAAACUAGGAAAAUUAAACAAAGAGGCCGCUGAUCGCCAACGUGGGGAAAUAUUAAGCGCUUUGAGGCAACUUGGAGAAAAGUUGGAACCAUCUGAAUUACAGUUGUUAGAGCGAUUAUCCUUAAAUAAUGUAGAUACCACCAGGUAUGUACAAGUUACUGAAACAGCGAAAGAGGGUAAAAUGGCUCUAGAUGUAGUCUGCAAGGAAGUCAGAGCUACGCAAGAUACUUGAACUAUAACAGAGCCAUGUGACUGUGAUUAAUUAUAAUGUAACUAUUAUUACAAUCGGCCAUAUUAUUUUUAAUUUGUCACUAUGAUUUUUUAAAGCUAUUGAGAAUAAUGCACAUAAUAUGGUCUUUUAUAU